CUUUCCUUCCUUCCCCCUUUCAGGGCAGAGCUGGUGUCCCUGCUGCACUCGUGGCAGAGACUGGGCGGUGCUGACAUCCCAAAGGCCACCAGCGCACGCCUGUGUCCCCGCUGCUCUGCCAGGAGCUUCUGCAACGUGAGCGAUGCCUUGGGGGCUGAUCUGUUGGACCGCAGCUGCUCCAUCCCCGACCCACAGCUGGUCUGGAGGAUCGUGUCCCGGGUGGAGUUCUACCUUUCUGAUGAGAACCUGGCCAAGGACGCUUUCCUGCUGAAACAUGUCCAGAAGAACAAGAUGGGCUUUGUCAGAAUCAAACUGCUGACGUCCUUCAAGAAGGUGAAAUUCCUGACGCGUGACUGGAAGCUCACGCUCUACACCCUGCGGUUCUCAGAGCUGCUGGGAACGAACGAGGAGGGCACCAAAGUGUGGCGGCGUGUCCCCAUCCCUGAGUCCCGGCUCAGCAUCCGCCCCAGCAAACUGCUGCUGGCCUGGGAGCUGCUGCGCUGCGAGCAGGACGCGCUGUCGCUGCUGCAGAAGAACUUCCUGGAGACCAUCACGAGGAUGUUCAGCCCCUUUGGCGCCAUCGCCUCCAUCCACAUCCUGCUCCCGGGCCGCAAGCUGCCCUCGGAUGCGUGCAAAUACGCGUUGCGCUUCCCCGAGCUGCUGAGCCGGUGCUGCUCGCUGGUGGAGUACGAGAGCCUGGGGAGCUCCCACAGAGCCCUGGUGGAGCUCGGCCACCUGGGCGGCCAGAGCAUCAGGGUGGUCCCGCUCAGCAGGAAGGGCUCCAAGAAGAAACCGGAGGUGGUGGAGGAGCUGGUGGAUCAUCCGGGUUUGAAAGCGCAGGCAACAGCCGCGACGUUCCCCUACGACCAGCGCUCGGGAGCUGAACGGUGCCUCGGCGUUGCCAUCGCUCCUCCUGAACAAGGAGCCUUCGGAACCCAGCUGGUCCAGCAGCGAUUUCAGUCCCAGCGACUGGAGCGACACCUUCACCGGAUCACUCCUCUUCAGCGACCACUCUCCCACAGGUACACACGGGAGCUGCAGCUCUUGCACUUCUGGCUCUUCCUGGGCAUCUACCUGGCUGCCCUGCUGGGCAACGGUCUCAUCAUCACCACCAUAGCCUGGGACCAGCACCUCCACACCCCCAUGUACUUCUUCCUGCUCAACCUCGCCCUCCUUGACCUGGGCUGCAUCUCCACCAUUCUCCCCAAGACAACAGCCAACUCUCUAUGGGACACCAGGGCCAUCUCCUACACAGGCUGUGUUGCGCAGCUAUUUUUGUUUGUCUUUUCCAUUUCAACUGAGUAUUUUCUUCUCACAGUCAUGUCUUACGACCGCUCCGUUGCCAUCUGCAAACCCCUGCACUACGGGACCCUCCUGCCCCCGUUCAUCUCCUCCCAGUCCCUGGAUCUGGUGGUGUCUGUUCUGUACUCAGUGGUGCCUCCAGCAGUGAACCCCCUCAUCUACAGCAUGAGGAACCAGGAGGUCAAGGAUGCUGUGUGGAAACUCGUAUCUUAG